UUCACAGAGUACUUUUAUGUCAUUGUGUGAUGUUUAGGAACUGACGUUUAUAAUGAGCUAAAUAAGUUCAAUCUUUAUCCUAAAAAAUCCUAUCUAAAUAAAAUUUAGUAUUAUAUGUUAAUUUAGUUUACUUCUUUGAUGAAACAUACGUUUUUCUAUCAAGCAAAGUAAGGAGUUUAAUAGCUCUAAUGUGAUUUUCAUAUACAUGUCCAGACUAUUGUAAAUCAAGUGCCUUUUAUAAUAAAAGGAUGGAUCCAAAGCAAGAUACUUUCAAUGAAUCAGUUUCUUCAAUAUUAGAGCGUAAAGUGCGGGGCUGGCUAAGUGGUGUCAUCGACGACAUGCGUCGUAGCAGCCCAGUUCAGCAGUGGCUGGACUCGCUGCCACUUGAUACAGACCAAAACCAAGCUGAGUCCAAUGUUCCAAUCACAUUAAAUGGAACUAAUGAAAAAGAAACAGAUUCAAGAACAGUUUCAGGAGAUAUUAAGGCUGAAGAUUCCAUUACUGAAAACACAGUCAUUGAAGCUAAUAAUGAUAUAUUACAAGAUGACCAAACAUUGGAAGUUCCAGAAACAAAAGAAAUAUGGAAGAGGAAAUCUUUAGAGAGUGGAGUUCUAACUAAUAUCCAAUCAAAGAGUUCUAAAACAAAAUUAAAAAGAGAUCAUUCCAUUCAGUCUGAAGGUUGCUCGCCUAGAAUUAAAAAUCCUUUAUUAAGAGAUCAAUCUCUGCAAUCUGAUGCUAGUGGGUCCAGUGGCAGUUCUGUUUUAAAUGUACUUGGAGCUAGAAAAGUUGAUGCCGAGUCAGUUCUACUAGCUUUAGGAUUUGGACCAAGUGAGAAGCAACAAAAGCUUCAGAGAAUACCUGACAGAUUUUUAGUGCCAUCAAAGUUGCAAGGAAUAAGCACUGAGCAAUUUAUAAAAAAUGAACAGCACUCAAUGAAAAUGCAUGAUUGUGGAGUGUUUGGCUACCGAGGAUUAACUGAGCACUGCACACCAGUAUGUCGGUUUAUGAAACCAGUAACAUCUAACUAUCAAAUCCCAUACCAGGUUCCACAGAUUGCUGUACAGGAAUCCUCAUGUUCCACCAUCGACAAUUGUAGCUAAAAUCAUAGAUUGUUUGUUACAAGACGAAGAGUGUCGUCAAGAAGCCUUAAUAAAAGCGCGACAUUCAAUAGCAGACAUGCGAAGCGCGCCGGCCAUUCACGCACAUAUAGCUGCCAGACUUCGGAGCACCUGAUUUAUAUUUGACAAAUCUUUUAACUUACCCGAUUUAUUUUUAUCAAAUCUUUAAACUUUUAAGAUACUAUUCGUUAACUUUUUGAAUGAUAUAGCAUUUACAAAAUAAUAGCACAGAUCCCUUAAAAUAAAGUGAUAGUAAAAUUUGAGUUCACAUGAAUAUAGUGUAACUUGUUUUUGGCUCAAUAUGAAAUAUAUAUUUGUCGUAGUUCAAAACCAUGCAAAUUACAAAUACUUUGAGGAAGUUAUACCUACACUCCUUAAAUGUUAGGGAAUAAAAUAUUUUUUUAGAAUUAUUAUACAUUAAAAUGAUAUUUUUUACUGAGCGGAAAAAGUUUUAUCUAAUUAACAAUUUUUAACAAUUAACAUAGUAGACUAUGGUUCCAAAUUAUAUGAUAAUUUUAAUGACUAGGCUGUGUAUACAUUAGUAAUACAAGGCUAUGUUUAUAGAAAGCAAUGACAUAUACCUAGAUAAUAAUAUAAAAUAAAAAUAGGUAUGAACAAAAACGAGAUGAAGCUAUAUUCUAGCCACUAAAUCCUGGCUCAAAUCAACGAUAGUUGUAUGUGUAUAUAGCCUAAAACUUAAAAAUGAAAACCCAUUCAUGCCAAACAUAGAGGCCAUUGAGAGCAUAAUGACUUAAUUUUUAAUCUACUUACUCAAUUAGUAUAAUCAUCGUGGCUCAAUAACUGAGUUCUUAAUCAGAGAAAUACUUAAAAUUAUUUGUCCAUAAUGCAGCAAAAAAUGUAUAAUUAUUAAGACAUAAUAAUUUAGUUUAAUGAAUCUUUUAAAUUCUGACGUAAUAGUUGUUAUGUUUUAAGAUAACCUUUUAUCGUUUUAUAUAAAAAAGAUUUAUUGUUAAUUAUACUUAUAAAUAAUAUCAAUAAUCAAUAAUUUUAAUAAGUAGAUAGUUAUUUUGUUAAGUCUGAAUUCGAAAUUCUCGUUGUACUUAUUUCCCGAUACUUAAUUGGUAUACUUACUUUUUAUAACUGUCUCAAUUUUUUGUCAUUGUAUGUUUGAAAAAUGUGAUACAUCAAAUCAAUUGUGCGGUAAUAAAUACAUGUUUAAUUUGCAACAAUGUGUUGAAAUAUUCAAUGUGUGGGUACUCGUACUUAAGAAAAUAAUUAAUCUAUGUCCGAAAUUGUUAGGUGUUCAAAUUGCAAUAUAAUAUACCAUACAAUGUAAUGAUAGCACAAUUUCUUUGAAACUUUUAAUGACCAAACGUUAUGUACAAUAUAGCUCUGAAAUGUUUAGGUUGUUUCUUUCUAUAUUAUAUUAAGCAUAUCAUAAAAAGUCUAAAUAUCAAAAGAUUUUAGUAUAGUAAGUUGUUCAACUAAAAAAAUUAGAUAAUGUAGAAGCCAUUGUGAUAGUAGAUUAUUUGUCCUAUUCAAUGAUAAUCUCUUUUUUGCGUUGCCAUUUCGUUCUUUCUUAUAAGUGAGAAAAAGUGUUAAUUAUUAAAAUUUAUUUUAACGUAAGCAUUAUAUUAUUUAAUAGAGAGAAUAUAAAUAUUUUUAUUGAUUUCUAUAUAAAUAAGUAUAUUCUGUACAUGCUGCAGGUAAAUUUACAAAGCAAUGAUAUAUAUUAUAAUUAAACGGUAGAUAAAUAAAAUAAAUAAAACAUAACUUUAUUUGUCAAUUAGUCUUAUGUGUCAAUAGACAUCAAGACCUGGUUUAAAUGAAAUUGUUAUCUCACGGGAACACUAGUGUUAUAAUGUAAAGCAAUAAUAUAUUGACAAUUUCACUGGAUGUUGGACUACGAGAUGAUCUAACGUCCAUUUCUUUUAUUUGAUUGGUCCGUUAACAAUCCUGGAAUAAUGAAUGAAAAAUAAUUGACCAAUCAGAACGCUGGUCGUCGCUCGCUGCCAAUUUCGUUUAAAACAUGCGGCCUUGUUUGGGUUAUGUAUUGUAAGAAAUUAAGUUGAUUGACAAUUUGCCGUUUAAUUAUAAUAUAACUAGUGAAAUUGUAAUACCACGGCUUUGACCACCUUACUAGCCAUAUAUAUACAGAAUCAAGUGGCAUUUGUUUUAAUUAUACUUUGCUCAUUAUAAGUUACUUAAUUAUUGAUAACUUAAUUUUAUAAAUUACGAUAAAUUUUGUUAGAUGUGCAAUACUUUUAAUGCAAAUUUCUUUGUUGUUAUGAAGUGAAUAAAUUUCUUUGUAGUUA